AUGGCUGGCAUACAGCCCACGUUGAUAUUGGCUGAAAGCGACACCACCCUGGACAUUCCCAGUGAAAAUGUGCGUCCACACGUCCGAGAGAGCUCUCCUUUGCCGGUGACCUCCCCACAACAUGAUGGCCCCGGGGAUCGUCUCCGACUCUCCGAAGAGUCAGCCUUCGGCAACCUUCCGCCUCUGGAGGAGGCCGCCACCCCCGCGGGCACGGUGGGCACCACAAGGAACUCCCUGCCGUUGCCGAGUCCGGGAACAGAGACAUCAAAGAGCCGGCCCAAUUCCAUCGAUGCCACCUACCAGGAGGAUGUCGCGCCGGGCUGGGCUCCUGGCACACCAAGCUCUAGGAAGAACAACUCGCCCACAAAAUCUCGAGAGAAACCAUGCUCCACACCUUUCUCGAGAAGCUUGGCCAUGGCCACCUGCAGCGCGCCUGAACGUCUAGCGGAGAAGAUGGUGGAACGCCUGCAGCAAAACUGCUUGAGCGAAGCCAACCUGGGAAAAACGUCUUGUAUCUGGGAAGAGACCCUGCCAGGUGGCAGUCGCAAGGGGUUUAGCUUCCUCGUGGCACAAGCUUUCGCCGUCCAAGUGAAAGCGGUCGGUUUUUCAAGUGUUGAGUGGUGGGGAGGGAAGGAGUUCAAAGACACCGGUGGAAAGUAUCUGGUGAACCCCAUCCCAAUGUACGACAAGUACACGGUGAAAUUACGUGUGCGCUGGGUUGAUGAGGCGCCUCCCAGGCCACUGAGCCAAGGUGAGGCUCGCGGUGUGAACCGCGGUGAGGUGAACCGAGAGGGUCGUGGUGAGGGUCCCAUCGUUGCCAUGAUGAAGGAGGUGAAAGAAGUCUACGAAUUGCAGAAGCAGCUGCUGCUGCAGGCGCAGGCGCAAAGCAAGGCGGCCCAGCAUGAACUGCGCUGCGCCCUGCUGCGUGCAGAGCGCGCAGAGCAAGACACCCGCUGGGUGGCUGCGCCCCUUGGAUUCUCCCCGAGGCGGGAGGCUUGA